UUACAAAACAAAUUUUAUUUAUUUUGUUCAAAGAUUUUACAACCUAAACCACAAUCAAUUCCAAAAUCGUUUCAAAUCCCAAUUCUUUCACAAAUAUAAAAAUAUUUUGACAAAUUCAAAUCCUCAAAAAAAAACCAUCCAGCAAUCCAAUCGUCCUUAAAGUUCUGGUUUUAGUUGCAGGCCAAAGCCAACCGACCCCACCGAGUCCAUGUCGAUAAGCUCCGUAUCAUGAUGCCACGAUCCACCUGAGACGGCCGUUGACAUUGAACGAACUGAUUCUGAUUCUGAGGUUCAAAUGCGACAAUUUCUCUCGGCAGGCCGGAAUUUUAGCUCUUUCAAUUUUGUCAUCUUUCCAUAUUCUAAUCGUCAUUAUUAUAUAGUGGAUGGAUUAGUCCCACAUCACCUUCGGAUUCUCUCUCCUCCUGUUUGCUUUAUCUCAUACACACGACCAAUAAGGUUGAUGAAAUACGGUUGGUGAAUUCAUCGAUGAUCGUGAUUACAAUCGUAUCGAUAUCGAAAGGCGGAAUAACUUUACGUACCUCGUUCUUCGAGUUUUUUUUUAUGAUUCUUCAAUUGAAAAAGAUAAGAAUCAUAUGAUAUACUUUUUUCUUUGAUUAUUUAUCUCAAAGCAUGCAAAUAAACUUUAUAUAUGCAUCUACACACGCAAUUAAUCAAUCGUUUCGUUCUGUUUAUAUUUCUUCGUGGAGUUAUUGUGAAUUACUUGUUUCUGUUUAGGAUUUUAGGGUGGAUCCUAGAAUUGUUGAGCUUUCUGAUUAGUAAUUCGUAUAUUUCUUGCUUCAAUUUAGGAUUUUAGGGUUUUCUAUGGCUUGAUGAUGAGUUUUGUGGCAGAUAGGAGGCUUAAAGGGGCAGUUAUAUGGAUGUAGAUUAUAGUAAACAGGCUGUUGGUGGGAUUGCUGCCCCAAAAAAAAGAUCAGUCACUGCUUUGAAAGAUACUGCUGGCUCUCAAAAUGGAAGUCCUCAAUUCUGCAACCGAAUUGGUUGCUGUGGCAGACUUAACCACACUAAACUUGCUAAAAACAAAUGCCUAGAGAAACCAAAAGCUUCAAGUUCAAAGCCUUCCUUCCGUUCAUCUUCUCUCAAGGAAGUUACAGGAAGUUCAUCAAAGACUUGUUCUUCAGUCACCAAUGUGAAAAAAUCUCCAUCAGAAUCCGAGAAAAAGAAGAUAGAAAGGAUCCCUAAAGAAUCAAGUAGUCUUCCAAAAGAGUCUGGAAUUCAAGAACGUAAGUUGAAAUCUAGAAACACUGAAGUUUCAUCAUCAAGCUCAAGGGUUAAGAAGGUUUACACUCAAAGUGGUUCCUCUGUGAUGGAAAAUAGUCAAAACGAGUCAAACAAUGGCAGGAGGAGAAGAUUCUUUCAAGGAGAAAGCAGUUCAUCUGGUAAAGGGAAGAGAGUCAUUGGGGUAUCAGCAAAUGAAGGACGCCCUGUUGUCUCUACUUCUGGAAUUUCCAUUUCUGACCCUAAAAACUCAAGAAACUGGACAGCUUGCAGAGCAAACAGUGUUUCAUCAGUGAGGACAAAGAGGUCAUUGAAGAUGGACCCUUCAAAAGAGUCCAUUGACUUAUCAUCGGUCAACUCUGCUGAUGUGGUUUCUGAUUCAUCACAUGCUGAAACUCUUUCAUCUUCAGAAGAAACUUCUGUUACUUCUUCAGAUCAUCCUGUUGUCCGAUUUGUGAAUCAAAAUGGAACACGAAGUUAUAACAUUGAUGGGAUUGCAGAUGUACUAUUGGCACUUGAUAGGAUUGAACAAAAUGAGGAGUUAACAUAUGAGCAAUUACUCUCACUUGAAGCAAAUUUAUUCCUUGGUGGGCUUAACUUGUAUGAUCAACAUAGGGACAUGAGACUGGAUAUUGAUAACAUGUCAUACGAGGAACUACUAGCACUUGAAGAGAAAAUGGGUACAGUGAACACAGCAUUAUCUGAAGAAGAAUUAUCAAAAUGCAUUAGAAAAAGUGUGUACGAGUCUGAUGAAAAAAUGAGGCAUAGUUUGGGUGCAGAGGACAACAAAUGCAGUAUUUGUCAGGAGGAGUUUGUGAGAGGAGAUGAAAUAGGAAGAUUGGGAUGCAAACAUGGUUACCAUAAUUCUUGUAUAAACCAGUGGCUGGCAUUAAAGAAUUGGUGUCCAAUUUGCAAGUCUUCACCAAAACCUUCUUCAUCUUCUUCUCUUUUAUAAAGAAUCCGAUAUGAUAAUCGUACAAAUCACAUGUCAUUUUAGUCUUUCAUUUUCUUUUCAUAUGUACAUACAUUAAAACAUAGAUUUCUUUUUGGAAAAAAAAACAUUAACCCAGGCUUCUUAUAUAUAGCCUUGUGGACCCAUUUCAGUGGAAUUUACUUUCUCUUUAUGAGCAUUGUGGUUUAUUUGUUA